AUGGAAGUGAACCCAUUAAACAUAUUUUUUGUGAAGUCCGAUAGCAAAGGAGACAGAUUACUUUUUAGAUAUCCCUACACGACUGAUAACAAGGGUGAAAACAAACAAAAAAAAAAUGGUCGUCUUAAUCCGUACGCUAUCAACUCAACUGAAGAUUUGCUACAAAAUCCACAAUCUCAGACUUCCAAUAUAUGCAAAGGUCAGCUCAGUGGAUUCACAGACGAAAUGCUCUCAACUCUGUUUGCGGUAAAGGCAGAACUGUGUAACAGAAAAUUUGAAUUAAAAGUAAAUGAUGUAAGAUUUGUUGGCCAUCCAACAUUAUUACCAUAUAGGACUAACAAAGAUGAUACAGCUGCUAUGAUACUCAUCAACAUUGUUUUUGCAUUGCAAGCUUCUGCUAGCCAUUCUAUAGUAAAAUGUUAUUACGAUUUAAGUAAAAGACUGGGUAAGGCACUAACUCAUGAGGAAAAACGAUGUUCAUAUUUAACAGAAGAGAUGAAAAUUAUGCUAGCAGCGCAUGAUAAAAUAUCCGCUCUGGAUCCAGAAUUGAAUGGUGAAAAUGACGAAGAUGAAGAAAAUUCGAGACAUUCAGUUAGCUCUACUACUUUUAGCACCGAAAAUGGUAUUGAUUCAAUACCUAAAAAUGCUUUUGAUUUGAUACUGCAUAAGAGCUCACUAGCUAAAUCUAUGAAAUCUGUAUUUGAAGAAUUAAGUAACACAGGCAUAGUUCAAGUAAGAAUAAAUAAUUGGGUGCUACUCUCAUUCUGUCUACCGCACAAGGCUCACCAAAUACACAAUAGAGGCCUAAGUGUUGAACCAGAGACUAUAGACAAAUGCGUUUUAAUGUUACGGCCUUAUCAUGGAAUAUUGCUUAUGGUUGAUCCAAAUGAUUUGUUAGCAUCUAUACCACUAGAUGGCAGCCCGGCAUUACUUCAUCUGGCUUUGACGCAGGCGUUUCAAUUGACAGGUCACCUAGUGUACUGGGCGAAGGCCACUGUUAUAUAUCCGCUCUGUGAAGGCAACGUGUACGUUGUGUCGCCGGUUGCAAAUGUCCACGUACACUCACCACUCGUUGAUGAGUUCGCUAAAGAGUUUCCCGGUUUAUGUCUUCUGCAGAUGUUAAGUGAAUUUUCGCUACCGGCCCCCCUAUGGUACGUGUGUCGCAGUGGAGCAUGGGGUGCGCGGGGCGGGGGACGAUUAGCCCGGUUGGUGGCAUGGCUGCUCCAGCGUAGACUUCUAUUACAACUUCAUACAUACGUGCAGUUUAAUUCGCCCCAUUGGCCCCGAAAUCGACAUCCUAAUAGCCCCCAAGAGGGAAAAGAAUACUUCUGCGAAAAGCACGACUCAUACUAUCAAUCCAGCAACAUUUCCUUUUCAUCACUAAACCAGUUACAACUGAAUGUGCCAGAGCCGGUCGAACCCCGGGAAAACAUAAUCAUUUUCCCGGAUUCUGAAAGCAAUUAUCCCACACAGAACAAUCUCAAUCAAACCGACUUCUCUCAUACAAAACCUAUAGUGAUUGAAUCAGAUCUAACCAAAUACGAUACAUACAGCGAAGCAGACUCAGCUCAUCACUCCUUUGAUGAUGGAGUAGAUGUUGUCGAUGGUCUGGUAAAAAAUGGCGACUUCAACAAAGACAAAAAGAAACAAGCGAAUUCAGUUGAUAGCGGAAUCUCGAAUAAUAUGAAUGGAAAUGGAGAUAUCAGUGAUGAUAAAGAGAAGAUGUUGACGUCCAGGUUGUCUGAUGUCUCUUUGAAGGAUACGCAUAGUAGUGAUGAGGAUAGGUUCGAGGGUGAUGAAGUGGGAAAGAAGUAUAACGGCCUGGGCAAUGGUAUCGAAAAGAAGGGUGUCUCGUUGAAUUUGAAGCUGCAAAGCGAAAUGAGUUUCCAGUCGCCAACUGUAUGGACGGCCCCGUUGGGCUGUGACGCAAUAGAUGCAUGCCGUCUACCUCCCGAUCCGCCCAGUACAGAAUCACUAUUGGACACCUUCACGGCUGAGGAGAGAGCGGUACUCGCUAAAAUACCCGCAGCGGACAACCCAGACGAUUUACUGCUUCUUGCACAAUUGCAUAAAAAAGGCUACUUCCGCGGCGAGCAGCAUCUUGAAGAAAUAAUGUUCAUGGAAAAUGUCACACGUUCGCAGCUAAUGCAGCUUCUAGAUAAGUUCAAGGAAGUUCUCAUAACGUUUGAGACGGAAGACCCAGCUGUGGCCAUGUUGUAUCCGUACUGA